AUGGUUCACAUCCCCAGGCGUACCAUUUCUUACUUUGAUUCGCUGAGCCUGCCGGUCCCAAAGCUCUUGGGCCAGAGGCUCACCGAAUUCAUGGCGGCCGAGGUCACGUCUUUUCCUGGUCGCCUAGAUCUGCAAGUGGACAACCGUCUGCCGCAACAAAAAAAUUCGUCGGACUGCGGCAUUUUCAUGCUUGUUUAUGCUGAGUGUCUCGUCAUGGACCUUCCAAUUGGACUUGACACCUUCCUGUCAGGCAUCGAGGAGAAGCGCCUCGCCAUCGCGCUGGCCAUCCUUGAGGGCAAGCUGAGUCUCACAAGCAGGGAGCGACGGCAGGAAAACACGAGCUGCCCAGCUUCACCACCAUUUCUUUGGUAG